CUCACUCGAUUUUCUGGGUCACACUAUUGACUGCCAGGGUAUUCGCCCACUGGCUACCAAAGUCGAAGCAAUACUGAACUUUCCGGAGCCAAAGACAGUAAAAUGCCUUCGCACUUUUAACGGCUUGCCAUUAACCGAUCUCCUUCGAGGGAACAACAAGGCUAUCGAACUCGACACGUCUGCUCGACAUGCUUUUACUCAGGUAAAGAAAGCUAUUGCAGAUGCCACCCUUCUUAUGUAUCAGGAUCCAACGGCACCGUUGAGUAUCUCGGUUGAUGCAUCAGACACUGCAAUCGGCGCAGUUCUGCAACAACUAGUUAACAACGAAUGGCAACCACUCGCCUUUUUCUCGAGGCGCCUUCAAGUAACUGAAACGAAG